AUGUAUACUAUUAAAGCUCCGUUCAUCAAGAGUUGGCACUUAAUUCAUAGUACAGGUUGUAUUCCAGCUCUAAGCACUGGACUAUUAAUAGCAUGGCCGUCUCCAUCAAUACCAAAAAUUAUUAACGACAAGAAACACUAUAACAUCACGGAAGCAGAAGCCUCUUAUUUUAGUUUCUUAAAUGCCAUUGGACCAAUAUUACUAUCACCUAUUGCAUCGCAGCUUUGUGAUAUAUUGGGAAGAAAAUGGACGUUGAUGUUAUCAGCCAUUCCUCAUGCUAUAACGUGGAUAAUCAAAGCGUUUUGCACUGAUUUGAAUGCACUUUAUACUGCACGAGCCAUCGGAAGUGUAGGAGAUACGUUUAUGUAUAACGCUCUGCCGAUGUAUAUUGGUGAAAUUUCGACUCCCAAAGUAAGAGGGAUCUGGGGAAAUGGACUCAUAUGUGCGUUGUAUUUAGGACUAUUUUUAAUUAAUACUAUAGGUGCUUACUGUAGUAUUCACGCUACUGCUUUAAUUUGUUUAGUAUUUCCUGUGAUAUUUUUGAUAAUGAGUUUCUUCAUACCCGAAUCGCCAUAUUUUUAUGCUAUGCGGGGUGAUGAUAUUGCUACUUUAGAUUCGUUGAAAAAAUUAAGAGGUACAGAGGACGUUGAAUCUGAAUUUUCAAAAAUUAAAUCGGGUGUUAAAAGACAGAUGUCAGAACCGAGAACUUGGAAGGAUGUUGUAAUGAUUAGAAGUAACAGAAAAGCAUGCUUUGCUGGAGUAUUCUUAAGAGUGUCGCAAAACUUUUGCGGUUUGAUAACGUUUACAGUAUAUGCUCAAUAUAUUUUCGAAAAUGUUGGAAAUACUAUUAAUACGAAAAUGUCUUCCAUACUUUAUACUGGUUUAACAUUUGUGUGUUACUUAGUAGCUUGUUAUUUCUCAGAUAAAAUGGGAAGACGACUUUCUUACAUAAUUUCCCUCAGUUUAUGUACUAUACCCUUAUUUGGAAUAGGUAUCUACUUCGCCAUGAAACAAUAUGAUAACCAACGAGAUCUUACUGUAGUAGAGUUCAUUCCAUUGUUAUGUAUGAUUGUGUAUAUAGUUGCAGCUUCAUGUGGAACGGGUUUAGUACCUACUUUGAUGCUAGGCGAAUUAUUCUCUACUAGUGUUAAAGUGAAAUGUUUGUGUAUUGUAACUACAUUUUUUUCAUUAACAUAUUUUGCGGCUAAUAACACAUUCUAUUAUCUUUCUCAUUCGAUUGGUAUAUUUGCGCCAUUCUUUGUUUUCGGUUGUUGUAAUAUUUUAUCUGCUUUUCUUGCUUCUUGGAUAAUUCCCGAAACAAAAGGCAAAACUUUAGAGGAGAUACAACAAAUAUUAAAGAAUUCUAGUAAAUCCUAA